ACGCCCCUAGGCUGGGCUCCGGCCCUCCGCCCCCCUCGCAAAGCUGCGCUGGCCGCCCGCGGAGGGGAGCUUGCCGAGCGAGGGCAGGAGGACUACUUCCCAGCACCCCAGCCUCCUGCCAUGUCUGACCCCAUCACACUGAAUGUCGGGGGGAAGCUCUAUACAACCUCACUGGCAACCUUGACCAGCUUCCCUGACUCCAUGCUGGGCGCCAUGUUCAGCGGGAAGAUGCCCACCAAGAGGGACAGCCAGGGCCACUGCUUCAUUGACCGUGACGGCAAAGUGUUCCGCUACAUCCUUAACUUCCUGCGAACCUCCCACCUGGACUUGCCCGAGGACUUCCAGGAGAUGGGCCUGCUCCGCAGGGAGGCUGACUUCUACCAGGUGCAGCCCCUGAUUGAGGCCCUGCAGGAGAAGGAGGUGGAGCUGUCCAAGGCCGAGAAGAAUGCCAUGCUCAACAUCACGCUGAACCAGCGUGUGCAGACGGUCCACUUCACUGUGCGUGAGGCACCCCAGAUCUACAGCCUGUCCUCUUCCAGCAUGGAGGUCUUCAACGCCAACAUCUUCAGCACCUCUUGCCUCUUCCUCAAGCUUCUCGGCUCCAAGCUCUUCUACUGCUCCAAUGGCAACCUAUCCUCCAUCACCAGCCAUUUGCAAGACCCCAACCACCUGACUCUGGACUGGGUGGCCAAUGUGGAGGGCCUGCCUGAGGAGGAGUACACCAAGCAGAACCUCAAGAGGCUCUGGGUGGUGCCAGCCAACAAGCAGAUCAACAGCUUCCAGGUCUUCAUGGAGGAGGUGCUGAAAAUCGCGCUGAGUGACGGCUUCUGCAUCGAUUCUUCUCACCCACACGCUGUGGAUUUUAUGAACAAUAAGAUUAUUCGAUUAAUACGGUACAGGUAAAAGGACCCCAGCAACAUUGGAGGGGGGCUUCCUAAAGCCAAGAUCUUGGAGAGUGUCUCGCCAGUGGUGUGAGGCAGGCCACUAUACUAACCUGUAUUAAUCGUGUAGCAGGACUUGAUUUCCCCCGUGAUGCAGUCCACCUGUAGGAAUCCAUGUGUCCUCUUGACACAGCCACCUUUUUCCUUGCUACUUUGAGCUGGGGAUGGGCAGUUUGCUCUAAGUGAAGAGUCUGCCAACAUGUCCUAAAGGAGGCCACAGGAGGACUUUUUGGCUAGACAAAGGAACAGCAGUUUUUUCUUGGGUCCAGCUCUCUCUGUACCAUUAGGCAGUGCCUCACUUAGCCAUCUGUAAACAGAGCCUCUGGUGGAGGGGAUGGGGUGAGAAUAAGAGGCUCCCUCUAGUUUCCCAGGACAUGAAGUACCCAGAGAUUCCCAUCCUGCCUGCCCCUCCGUCCCUGGGAUGUGGCCAGAACCUUGGACUUGCUUGGCUGGCUUGGAAAUGAAGUGGGUAGUGAGGGUGGGAUUUGAGCCUGGCAUGGCCUGGAGGAAUUAGCCUCCAGGCAGCGUUCAGAAGAUGGGGAUAUCCCUCUUGACUGGGCCAAAUCUAGGCCUUUGGGGAUUUCCGGCUUCAGAAAUAAGCUGCUGUCCCUGCGAAGAUUUGAAAGUAUCUGGAGCCAGUGCAACGAAAGGCACUUCAUCAUGUGGCCUGAUACCUGACUUUUGUAAUCCUUUCCCCAAGAAGUUGAAGUCUCAUUGAAACAGAUCAUUUAAAAAUAUAUUAUGGACUCUCAGGGUUGGAAAAUGAUUCAGCAGUCGCUCAGUCCUCCCGCACCCCCAGAACACCCCAGCACCUUUGCGGCUGAGGGCUUCUCCCCAGUACCUUCAGGAGAUCAACUAUCCCUGCUUGCAUACCCUCAGUGACAGGAAGCUGGUCAUCCCCAAGGCCAGCCCCUGCCAUAGUUGGCUGUUAGAAAGUCCUUCCUUACAUUGAGCCGAAACCUGUCCUUCCACAACCAUUUUCUGGUCCUGGUAGACCUUCCGUCUCACCCAAAUGUGUAUUUUCUCUUUCAAAAUAGUCACUUUGAGAGGCCAGAUACCUAUUUUGAAAAUAUUAUUACUCGAUAUUAGGAUUCCCCUUGGGAUUUGUCUUCAGAACCAAGGUUAGCCCCUUCCAUUCCCUGUAAGUCAUCCCCAUUUUGUCGUGCCUUGGCUUCAUUUGUGACCCUCCCUCCUCACCAGACAUGACUGUUCAUGGCUUUUGACCAUCUUCUGUUGAGUUUGAAGAUUGCUGCCCCAGAGGAAGGAGACCAGGGUCUUGGCAAUGUGUAACAAGGAGCCUGGGAGUGACCUGAACCAUAACAUUGCCCUUGGAGUAAGUGUCCAGCCCUUAAAACAGUGCUCUGAAGGAUGUGGGCUUCCCCUGCAGUAGUUUCUGGGCAUAACCAGCCCAUGGACCUCCUUGGGGUGAGACCCUGAGCCACCACUUCCCAGGGGGUGAUGAGCAGUGCGUGUCUCAAAGCAGCACAUCAUGAUUCAUCCCUGGCGUGAGGGUGGCCUUGGGAGUCCCAGAAUCUUCCCCACUGGGCAGGGGCCCUCUGACAAAGCCAGAGAAGUCUGGUGCCACAGGUUCCCCCAGGGGAUGGUCCGAAGAAGGGGCUUCCCAUAGUUACACCCUGUGAAUAGGGAGCUUGUACGCUGGGCUGUGGGCAAGGCCACAUCCCUUAGGUAAUAAAGGACUUUUCCCCCCUACAGUGGGACCCAGGAGUCUCUGAUAACUGUCCCAUGCCACCAGGCCAAUGGUAUUCAGGAAAGCCACUCAGGAGAACCCAAUUUAGACCAGCCAGCAGAAGCUGUGACCACAGCAGAACAGUUCAAGGAAGAAAUAUUAUAAAUCACCACUGUCUCUUUUUCUGUUCCAUAAAAAUUCUUUCUCCAUCUUUUCGGUGCUUCUUAAUUCAAGCAGCUUGACUUUAGAGAAAGCACAGGUCCUGUGAAGCCACUAAUUUGCUGUGUGACUUUAUGCAAGUCACUUACCUCACUGAGCCAUCUCUGUUUCUUCAUCUGUGAAACGUGCAUAACAGUAACACGUAACCCUACCUACCUCACAGGGCUGUUGUGAGGAUCAAAUGAAAUAAUUUAUGUGAGAAUACAGUAUAAUUGAUAAAUGGUUGUUAUUAUUUUGUGUCUACACAUAAGGAAAAAACCUUGGCUUUGGAAUCAAGCUGACCUGGGUCUGAAUUCUGGCUCCAUCACUUGCUGCGUAACCUUGGACAAGUCCCUGGGCCUCCCUGAUUUGUUUCCUCAUCAGAUAACAAUCCCACCUCCUAGUGUCCUGUGGCUUGGUUGUGUAUGUGAAAAUUCCUAGCUAGGCCUGGCCCAUAGGAGCUCAAUAAACGUUUGCUCUUUUAGGAGUGAUGACGGACUGUCAUGCAGGAGACACCAUGAGCAUGUAACAAUUUAACAA